CUACCAAUAGAUGGCACCAAUGGUAUUCUACAAGAGAAAAGUUCUAAUCUCGAUUCGAGGAGAAAGUUUUUUGAUGAGAAUGAUGAUGAAACAAAAAGUUCUUGUUCUAAUGAGAUGUACCUCAAAUAAGGUUGAACAGUUUGAACAUAUUGAUCAAUCAAUUGGUUUCCAAUGAAUUUGUUAUCGCUUAUCAAUCGGAAUUAAAGUAAAUCAUUAAUCUAAAUUAACAAUCAGUUUUUAGAAUUGAAAACAAUUAUGAACGAAACAAUUGUCCAAAUUGUAAGUGAAGUUGUACCUUCAUCAAGUUACUAUUCGAUUAAUUUUUUCGAAUUAAAUUCAAACUCAUCUUCUAAUCAAGGUUAUCCUUCAUUACAAUUUAAUUUCGACUCCUUAUCAACAAUAUCAUCAUCAUCAUCAUCAUCUUCACCAUCAUCCAUAUCAUUGAACAACGAGAAUUCAACCAUUUUAACUGAUACAAUAAACUUAAAAUUCAACGGAACUCUAUCCGACAACGAUACUUAUGUACCAUAUGAAUAUCGACCUGAAACAUAUAUCGUACCAAUCGUGUUUGGAAUAUUGUUCAUAAUCGGCUUGAUAGGAAAUGGUACAAUUAUAUUUGUCUUUUUACGUAAUAAAUCAAUGAGAACAAUUCCCAACACUUACAUCAUAAGCCUUUCCAUUGGUGAUCUACUUAUUAUUACCGGUGCCUUACCCUUUGUUUCAACCAUUUACUCCUUCGAUUCUUGGCCUUACGGUCAAUUUCUUUGUAAAUUAUCGGAAUUUGUUCGUGAUGUGUCCAUAGGUGUAACCGUUUUCUCUUUAACCGUACUUUCUGCUGACCGUUACAUGGCAAUUGUCCUUCCAUUAAAACGUUUCACCUCAACCAAACAUAAAGAGUUAACCUUGACCAUAACCGCGUCAAUUUGGACAAUCGCCUCUCUCCUUGCAUUCCCUGGAGCAUAUAAUUCAUUUGUCAUGCAAAUUCCAAUAACUCCUGAGAAAACAAUCUCAAUAUGUUAUCCAUUUCCAGCCUCCUUAGGAACCAAUUACGCCAAAUUCAUUGUGCUGACCAAGUUUAUCAUUCUCUAUGCUCUUCCCCUUUUCAUCAUCAGUGUCUUUUACCUGGCGAUGGCUCGUCAUCUACUUGCCAAUACACAGCGUUCACUUUCAGCAACCUCAUCAAACGGAAUCAACCAAACACACCUUAGAUUAACCAAGGCUCGAACCAAAGUGGCCAAAACUGUCCUAUCCUUUAUAAUACUGUUCGCAAUCUGCUUUUUCCCUAAUCAUGUAUUCAUGAUAUGGUUUUACUUUUAUCCAAUUUCCUUUUUAGCUUCAACCCCCUUCUGGCAUUAUGUUAGAAUUGUUGGUUUUAUCCUUGCCUUUGGUAACUCUUGUCUUAAUCCGGUUGCCCUUUACAUCGUUUCCGGUUCCUUUAGAACUCACUUUGAUAAAUAUCUUUUCCGUUGUCUUAAGAAAACACCAAAUUAUCCCUCAUUCACAAGAGAUGCUAUCGGUUCAUCAAUUCAUUCAUCUUCUCAUCGACCCAUCAACUCAAUUAGCUCACGAUCUUUCAAAGAAUCAACAUCAACCUCUCUACCGAUAACCACCAAAGGUCAACAUUAGA